AUGCAGGCUCAGGCAAGCUCGCAGUCCGCGAGCAGCAGCGCUGACGAUGCUGAGAAGACUACUCCGAAGCCGAAAGACGUCCCAGAUCAGCCAUCAAGAUCAUCCGCACCGGCAGAGGACGGCAAGAAGGCCUCAAAGGCGAAGCAACUAUGGGACAAAGUCGGCCUGGACUUUAUGACAGUCUCGUUGAUGUUCAAAGGCUCGUUGCCGCCAACAAUUGCACUGGCGGCGUUUCAAUCCACUACAUGGGCGAAUCAUUUCGGGACGCUUGGGUACCUCGUGGCAAUUGCUUCGGUACUGGGCUUCUGCAUCAUGCCGCGUGGGAAGUUCAUACAGACGAUGUUGCUGAACGUGUUCACCGUAUGCCUAGCGGCUGCGGUGAAUCUAUUGGCUUUGUACUGUGCAACCCAGGCCAGGCUGCACACCACUCCCAAUGGCCGCCCUCUUGCGGCUUAUAACUCCUCGAGCAGCGCGGUGCUUGCGAUCUGGCUCGUGUUUCAGACUUAUGUGGUAAACGUUGUUAAAGCGUCAAGACCGCAAUUCCAAUUCCCAGCCAUUAUCUACUCGAUCUUCAUCAACGUAUCCAUGACGAACGGCGUGCAGUUCCCGACAAUGCUAUCCGCCAUCAGUUUUAUGAAGAGUCUGCUCGAAGCCUUCCUUACGGGGUUCGCACUGGCUACGGGUGUUCACUUCUUUGUGUUUCCUACCAGCUCCCGUACAGUCGUCUUCAAGGAGAUGACGGGGUACUUGAUGUGUUACGCAGGAGUGCUGAAGGCUCACACAGCCGCAAUGCACAGCUUGGAGGAGGCUGAUCCCGGCCGGAUGCGACGUGAACGUGAGGAGGCGCAAGGAAACAACGAGCACAUAAAGAAACGCCAGAAGAAGGACGGCCAGCAUGCUGGACCACUUACUACGCCCGCAACAAUCGGUGUUAAGGAGGCGUUCGGCAAGCUCAUCGAUCUGCAUACGAAACUGCAUGCCGAUGUAAUGCCAGCUAAGCGUGAGUUCGCCAUCGGCAAGCUAGAAUCCCACGAUCUGACCGAGCUUUGGGGUCUGCUUCGGAGAAUCUUCGUUCCAGUGAUGGGUCUCACCGCCAGCGUUGACCUAUUGCAGCGAACAGCGAUCAAGUACCAUUGGAGCGAAGAAAGUGAUAACGAGCAAGAAGAAAAGGCGCGGCAUCGCCACAUAGACAGCAUGCACUUUUUGAUGAAGCAGCUACACGAGCCCUUUGCCCGUACUACUAAAGCGAUCGAAGCAGCCAUGAUGCAUGUCCUAAUUACGUUAGAGCUUGUCAAGCCGCCCAAGAAGAAGCCGGAUGAGGAGAGCGCUGGCGAACAACCUGUCCCAGGCUCGCCAGGCUUCGCAUCCGCGUAUCAGAAGAAGGUUGAAGAAUUCUAUCAUUCUAAGAAGCUCACAUUGAAGGAGUGGUGCCAGGAGCACGACAUCGAACUACCAGCGGACUUCAUGGAGUCGACGUUCGUCGCCCCAGAGAAGCAUUUCAUUCGUGACGAGCAUAAGAGGGAGCGCUACCAGAGACAGCUGUUCUUCACGCUGUACUUAGAGUAUCUGCUCUAUCGCACCGGUUGCGCAGUGUUGGACUUGGUAUUGUGGGCCGACAAGCGCAAACAGGAGGGCGCCCUUAAGCAUCUUAAGCUCAUCUUCCCAGGAUCCAAGACCUUGUACGAAUGGUUCAGAGCUAUCUUCGGCCGAGAGGACCGGAACAACGACGGUCACUAUCUUGAAGAAAUGAACAGCGGAGGUGUAGAAGCCGUCGAUCUCGGCGAAGAGUUCGAGAGACGGAAGGAUCCUGAGCACCUCCCACCGCAAAACGCACUUGAGCGGUUCGGAGAAACGCUCCGCAAAAUACCAAUUUUCUUGCGGAGCGACGCCUCAGCUUUUGGCUUCAGAGUAGCUUGUGCUACACUCACCGUAGGCAUCAUCUGUUACCUUGAGAAGACACAAGCUUGGUUCUUACGGCAGCGAUUACUGUGGGCAAUGGUCAUUGUGGCGAUCUCGAUGUCCCGCACGUCCGGUCAGAGCACGUUCAACUAUGCUCUUCGCGCGCUUGGGACAGCUAUUGCCAUGGUGGGCACCUAUAUCAUAUGGUACAUUGUCGUGGGACACGCACCAGGUGUGCUUAUCUUCCUCUGGCUAUGGACGGGGCUGGCCUUCUACUUCAUCCUGAAAUUCCCAAAAUUCAUUGUUGUUAGCAUUCUCAGCUUAGUAACAGCUGUGCUCAUCAUUGGUUACGAGCUUCAAGUCCAGAAAAUCGGCGUCGCAGCGUCCUUGUCGUCCGGACAGCCAGUCUAUCCGACAUACGUUCUCGCGCCCUAUCGACUUGCUACGAUACUGGGUGGCUUGUUUGUGGCCUUUUUCUGGACCAUAUUCCCGUACCCAGUAUCGGAGACAUCCGAGAUGAGGAAAGACCUUGGCGCUGCCCUAUACUUGCUCGCCAACUUCUACUCUGUUGUCAGGGAAACAUUAACGAGCAGAAUCAGAGGAACUGAUGGCGACGUUAAAGUGAAAGGAACGCACGCUUAUCAACUGAAUGAAGCUUUCGACACAGUGGUUUCAAAGCUCCUGUCGCUAUUGACAAAUCUGCGAACGAACGCCGCCUUUUCAAAAUUCCAGGUCCGCAUUGGAGGCCGGUUCCCGAUAGAGGAGUAUGAGGGACUCAUUGAAACAUGCCAACAUAUGUUGCAACAUCUUGCGCUGAUCAAUUAUGCUUCCACGGAAUUCUCACUGCAUAACAGCCAUCACAAGGACGGCGCUGCUCCAUCGCAAUGGUCCACCGACUUUCGAAAACUGCUGGCUGCAACCAAUACAACCUCGCACCAAAUCACGUCCGUGCUUUCUCUACUGUCGUCUGCCUUGACGAACGGGCAGCCACUGCCGCCAUACCUCCAAAUGCCUGAAUCUUACAAGCUGGUGAAGCACCUCGACAACAUCAACCCCGACCUGCUCAGCGUAAGACACAUUGCGGAACCGGAGUACUCGGCCUUUGCGGUUCUGCAAGUCUGUGCACAGGCAAUCAAUGAUGACUUCGACCAGCUAGCGAGGCACGUCAAGGCUCUCGUUGGGACGAUUGAUUUUACGUUUCACAGCAAGGAGCAGUCUGAUGCUGACAAUGACGCCGCAGGAACUGGAAAAGGCAAGGCCGACUAG